GUUUUAAAUGAAAAUAACGGUCGUUAAUUUUUAUUUUGUUGUCAUCAUUUACUAUUUAGUAUUUACGGAACUACAAUACUUAAAAUUUAUUUUCCACGUUUUAUUCCCGAUAAAUAUUUUAAAAUAACUACUUUAUUGGAUUUUAACUCGUUUACGGGUAAGUUGUAAUUACAGUAAAUUGGUUAGCCUUGAAUUAUACCGUUAUAACUAGGUACUUACUGAUGUAUUUUAAAUUUUCAUAAAAUUUUUAAGUUUUAUUGUUAACAAUUUUUUUUUUAUGAGCAGAAGGCGUGCAAAAUAUUUUGAUUUUACAAUGUCUCAAUUUGCGUUUGUUAAUGAUCUAAAGAAUGUGGUUAGAAUGGAUGAGCCAAUUACCAGUGGACCUGCUCCACGUUGGAUGAAAAAGAGCAUGGAUUCUUCUGGGUUAGAAUGUGUGUAUGUAUGUGGGUACAAAAAUUUUAAACUUGUUAAAUAUUCUUUGGUAGUUCGGCCAAUACAUCAAGGAAUAAAGUUUCGACGUCAAGUUCAUUUAAUGCUAAUACAAAAAUUCCCAAAGAGACUUCGGACUUAAUAGCUACCAAGAAAACUCCAUCAAAAACCCCUAGUAAAUCAAAAUCACCAGGUUAGUGACAUUAGUGAAUUUUUUAUUGCAUCUAUGUUAUCAUAGAUAUCAACAAUUUUAUAUAUUAUAUUCUAUGCAUAAAUAUUUUCUUGGCCAUAAAAUAAAAACAAGUAUUAAUUCACAAAUAAGUAUCAUUAAUUAUUAAAAAUGAACGGAAAUCAUAUAAGUCGAUUUUUCGAAAGAAAUAAAAUAAAACCUCGAUUAAAACAUCAGAAAUUAAAUACUGAUAAUCAUAAGAUAUUAUUAUCUGUUGUAAAAGGUAAGUAAUUAAUACAUUAAACUUGUUAUAUUUGAGAAUUAUUAAACAUUUUACUGUGUAGCUUAGCGAUGUUCACAAUGUUUAAUUUGCAGAGCCUUUAUGUUAUUAAAAAAAAAUUACAGUGCCUCAAAAACCAGGAAUGCUAAUUUUAAAUCAUAAAUAGUAAAAAAAAAAAAAAAGAAUUCAUGAAUGAUUUCUUUUUUAAUUUAUUAAUUUAUAUUGCAUGCAAAACAAAAUAUCUCGCUUAAUUAGUAAACACUAUAAAUUUUAAUCCAUUAUUUUUGAUUUAAUUCAGAUUUACCAAUGGAGUUCUUAGAUUACUCUCGUGGAACACAGUUUGAGAACCGCUGCUUUAGCAUAACAGCUUUUCAAAUUCUUAACUAUUGAUACAACUUUUUUGUGUUUGUCUUAUGUCUAAUUCAUUCUUCCCAGUCAAUAAUUUCUAUAUUCAUUUAUUCUGCCAAAUUAAUGUUUUCUUACAAUUGAAAAGCAAGUUUUAAAUUUAUUACAUUUUCAAACAUCUCUAAUAUUUAUAUCCCAAUAUUUUAUGAUGUAGAACUUAGAAUUACUGAUUUAUCAAAUUAUGAACUCUAUUGUAAUACUAAUCAAAAUAUGUUAGGUAUUUAAUUUAAAUAGGUAAAAUAAAUUAAAUUUUAUAUUUUAACUGCAUUUUCAUAUUUAUGAAUUAUAAUAGUUAAGGAGGAUUUAGGUAAUACUAAAAGGUUGUCAUCUAAAAAUAGAUAGAAAGCUAACUACUCUAACUUACUUCUUUAAUCUAAAUUUUUAUACUGUUAUAACUAGAACAUGGAUUUGUAUGCAAGUAUUAUAAUAUGCAAUGAAAAUUAGACAAACAAACAGUAAUCAAAAACUUGCAAAUAUGAAACGAUUAAAGAAAUUAGAUUUUAUUAGCCAUAAUUAUUUCUAUAUAAUAAUAGUGUUUAUACCUGCUUACAUUUUUAAAUACCAUUCAAAUAUAGAUAUUAAUAAAUACUUCAAUUUAAUUUCAUGAAUUGAGUCAUUAAAUAAAUAUUUUAAUUUUCAUAGCUUCAAAAUCAGCAUCCAACACACCAGCUAAACCAAAAACACCAGGCGGUGACAGAUUUAUUCCUUCCAGAAUGUCCACAAAUUUUGACAUUAGUCAUUUUAAAGUAAUACAAAUAUAAUUAUGUACUUUUUCUUUAUUUUAAUUAUUUUCAUUUCUUGUUUUUAUUUGUACAGAUGAAUCGUGAAAAUGAAGACCUUGAAAUUAGUCCAUCUCAAUCUGACUACAGAAAAGCUAUGUCUGAGAAUCUUCACGGCUGUGAUAUAAAUAAUGUACGAGUGUUAUCCUAUCAAAAUAAAGCACCAGCUCCUCCUGAGGUACCUAUAAUAAUAAAAUUGAAUAUUUUAAUAAGUACCUUAUUUCAAUCAACACAUUAUUUUAGGGUUAUCAAAAUGCUCUUAAAGUAGUUUACACCCAAUCCAAAACUCCAAUGAAUAUCCGUGGUGCCACUCGUUAUAUACCACAUGCACCAGAUCGUAUAUUGGAUGCUCCUGAAAUUGUUGAUGACUAUUGUACAGUAUUAGUUAAAUUUAAUUUGUAUAUUAUUAAUAUAAAAUUGUAAAAAACAAUAUUUACAUGUUUAAUAGAUUUAAAUUUAAUUGACUGGAGCUUCUCCAACACAUUGGCCGUCGCUCUAGGUACGAGUGUUUAUCUUUGGAAUGCUGACACUGGAGCAAUUGAUCAACUCUUUGAUCUCGAAGGUGCCGACUAUGUUACUUCUGUGAGCUGGGUUCCAAAUGGAAACCUAUUAGCUGUCGGAACUGCCUUAGGGCCUGUACAAGUAUGUAAUAUGUGUAAGAUUUAAGUUUUGGUUAUAUUACAUAAUAUUAUUAAAUAAUUAUUUACUUGUAGCUGUGGGAUGUAGCUCAAACAAAACGACUGCGUAUAAUGAAUAGUCACAGUUCCAGAGUGGGUGCUAUGUCAUGGAAUACUCAUAUACUCACAACAGGUUCCAGAACUGGACAACUUGUUCACAAUGAUGUCAGACAAAGAGAACAUGUUGUUGGCACAAUUUAUUCACACACACAAGAAGUAUAAAGAAAUAACUGACGUUUAUUAUUAUUUAUAAUCAAAACAUAAACAUAUUUCAAUUUGUAUAGGUUUGUGGAUUAAAAUGGGCACCUGAUGGUCGUUAUUUAGCUAGUGGUGGAAAUGACAAUCUAUUGAACAUAUAUAGUGGUUUACCUGGUCAGGCAACAUAUCAAUCUGAGCCAUUAUACAGUUUUAGGUAAGUUAGGUUAUAUAGAAAUUUGAAUAUAUGAUUAUAAAAAAUAAUUGUUUUUCUAUAUAGUCAACAUCAAGCUGCUGUAAAAGCAUUGGAUUGGUGCCCAUGGCAAACAAAUGUUUUAGCCAGUGGUGGUGGUACAGCAGAUCGGACCAUCAGGUUUUGGAAUUGUAAUAAUGGUCAGUGUAUUAAUUCGGUUAAUGCCAACUCACAAGUAUGUGCUAUUCUUUGGUCAAAAACAUAUAGAGAAUUAGUAUCAGCGCACGGUUUUGCAAACAAUCAGCUUACAAUUUGGAAGUACCCUGCAUUGACAAAGGUAUGAUAGUUAUUAUAUUAAAUCGACAUAGCAUCUAUUGACCAUUUUAUACUUGGAAAAUAUAUUAAGUUUGAAUUAAUAACUAUAGACUGAUAGUUUUAAUUGUACCUUUUGAAUGAUAGCAUACUUAAUCAUAAUCUUUUCUUAAAAAUCCCAAAAAUGAACACUGUAUUCAAGUUGAUUAAAAUCGAUUUUCCUUUUUAUAUUAUGAUUUGAACAAAGUGUGCAAUAAUUUUUUAAAAUAUAUUGAUUUAUAGAUAUAUGUUCAUAUGAUUUAUGAUGACUUCUGUAGUUAAAAAAAAUAGUUGAUACUACUGAUGGGUGUGCCACUGUUAUAGGUGAAAAGAUACGUACAGUUAUUUAAUUUAUAUCUGUAAGUAACAAAAACGAUUUUGAGCAAAGUUUAAUUGUGUCUGUUUCGAAAUACUAUAUAUUUUAAGAUUUUGAUCUUAAAAUUAUAAUUAAAACAAAUCACUACAUUUUGGUCAACUUUAUUAUUUUUUUACCACCAAGUACAACUUAUAAUAAACCUCAUAUUAAAUGUUAAAGUAUUUCUGUUGGGUUAAACAGUUUUAUCUGCUUAGUACCUACUAAUUAAAAACUAAGUAAAAAACCAAAAUGCUUUGAACUUUUUAUCACAUUAAGAAAAAAUAAAUAUAUAUUUUCUGUCAAAAUUUCAAGUUUCAAAGUUUCUACAGAUUUCUUUUUAACUGAUUACAUUAUAAAUAAUGAAACUUUCCUAUUUUUGUUCAGUUUUUGAGAAAACUGAAAAAUCAAAAAAUGACUUAGGCAUCAACUAAAUCUAAAAUGUAACAAAAAGAUGUUAUUUUUUAAAAUUAAAGCAAUUUUUCCGUUAUUUCAAGACAGAAAAAAACACAUAGUAAAACAAAUAGAUUUCUCACUCUGCUCAGAAUCUAAACAAACUUGAUAAUAAAACUUUAAAAGAAUUAAUUUUUUUUAUUUCUCAUUUGUUAAGUAUUAUAGCCUAAGUUUAGAGAUCUAAUCCUGAUGUAGAAGGGAAACUUCUACUAAUAUAUCUCUGAUGCUGAAGAUGUUUAACUUGUUAUUCUAAAUUGUUUCAUUUUGUUAGUCCUUGCACUGUUUAUCUCAAAUCUAAAACUUAUAACAGUCUUUGUCAUUAACCAUUUUGAUGUCCUAAAUUUAAAUUUUGUUCCGACUCAUUACUUCUUUUAAAAUUUAUCCAUUUCAGUGAUUACCCAUCUUUCAUUCAGCACUUGUCUCAAUAAUUUGUUUAAUUAUUAAUUUUCCUAAGGUUGCUGAACUAACUGGACACACAAAUCGUAUUCUAAAUUUGGCAAUGUCACCAGACGGUUCAACAGUACUCUCAGCUGGAGCAGAUGAAACCCUCCGGAUGUGGAAGUGCUUCUUGCCAGAUCCAAAUAAGAAAAAAGACCAACAGAAACGAUCCUCUAGGCCCACUUUACUGGGUCCAGGACUGAGAUAAAUAAUAUUUAUUUGUUUUCAAAUAUGUAUUGUAUCUGUUUAAUUGCUAUAGAAUAUUUGUGUUAUGUAUUUUAAGUUAGUUUCACAGUUUACAACCAUUUUUUUUUUUUUUUUUGUUUAAGACUUAAUUAUACUUUUUACUAGCUAGCAUUAUAUUUUUUAUUAUUACUAUUACUAUAUUUUUUUUAAAUUGUAUUGUAUAUUUUUUUUUAUUUGAAGUCUUCUCAUAUAAUUUUAAAAUUGCAUUUAUGCAAAACUAAUGUAAAAAUUUGAAUUUGACUAUAACCAAAAAUCAUAUUUAU